GGCCUGCUGCAGCCCUCCCUUUACUCCCUUCCAGCAGCCCAGGCCUCUGGUGGGGAUGCUGCUCCCCAGACUGCUGCCCCUGCUCUGGGUGUGUGACUGGGUAUCUGGAAUCUGCCUCCAUCCUCCUAGAGAAUCCACAGAUGCACAUCCGGAAUGGCAACUUGUGACAGUGCAGGAGGGUCUGUGUGUCUCCGUGCCUUGCACAUUUCUUAAGUACUCCAGGAACUUACACCCUGUCUUUGGCUACUGGUUCCAUGAAGGGAAGAAUGCAGACCAUGAUUCUCCAGUGGCUACAAAUAACCCAAUUCGACAAGUGCAGAAGAACACUCAGAACCGAUUCCACCUCUUGGGAGACCCGAGUUUCUGUGAUUGCUCCCUGGACAUCAGAGAUGCACAGAAGAGCGACAAUGGCUCUUACUUCUUCACACUGGGAAAAGAGCGUCUGGAAUGGAAUUACUAUACAAAUCUGCUCUUUGUGCAAGUGACAGACCUCACUCACACCCCCAACAUCAACAUCCCACAGACUCUAAAGCUUGGCCAGCCUAACAAUGUGACGUGCUCUGUGCCCUGGGCCUGUGAGCGGGGGACACCCCCCAUCUUCUCCUGGAUGUCAUCUGCCCUCACAUCCCUGGGCCCUAGGACCACCCUCUCCUCUGUGCUGACCCUCACACCCAGGCUCCAGGACCAUGGCACCAACCUCACCUGUCAAGUGAUUUUUCCUGGAGCUGGUGUGACUGUUCAAAAGACUAUCCUGAUCAUUGUCACCUAUAACGCACAGAACUUCACAACCCAUGUCUCUGCAAGACCUGGACCAGGGAAAGCAGGACCCCUGGCAGAAGUAGUUCUGGUAGCCAUUGGAGGGGCAGCUAUCAAAUUCCUGCUUCUUGGGAUCUGCUUCCUCUUCCUAAGGCACUUCAGUCCUCCAUAAAGUCUAUUCAUUGAACUAACCAAGAGAGCCAGCUGACCUCUGAAUCCACUACCAGUUUCCCAUUGUUUGAGUCUGCUGGUACUCUAUGGGUCAGGCAGUAGCCAAAGGGCACUGAAACCAACUUGGAAAAGAUGCUACAAGGUGAUUAUCUCCAUUCUUAUGGCUGUGAAUAUAGCUGGCAUUACAUCAUGGAUCUACCACACCCCAGUCAAGAAAGUGGAAGCCAUGGAUGAUGAUGCCAAAUGGACUGUCUCCAGAUUAUGGACCCAUUAAAAUUAAGGUUCUAUCUGGCUCCAGGCCUUUCCACUUCCUGACCCUCUACCUCCUUUUGCGUCUUAUGUUUUGUUCUAAGGGUAUGAAUGGUGUUAUGGUUCCACCCCACAGCCCUCAGACCUGGAACUAGAAACUGAGAAAGACAGAUACAAGAAAGGUAUUAGCUAGUGUGACUAAAGACCAGCAACUCAUAUUCAUCUUGAGCUUUGCUCACUAAUGCUCACUUUAAGUGUUUGGUAGUACGAAAAAAGCAAAGAUAUAGGAGUUUAUCUUUUGAGAUAGAAAUACAGAGUUUACAAUCCAAUGCAUGCCCUGCAGCUGGGCCUUCUUGUUGCCAGAAACAAGAGACUUUCCGCUGAAAAAAUUAGGGUUGUUAGACUGAAAUUUUCCUUUUAGAAGAUUCUCACUUUUGGAAAACCUGGGGAAUCAGACUCUAUGCCACAGGAAGGGACCCUGGACAUAGAGUCAAUCAUUCCCAGCCAGAAAUCAGCCAGGAUUUCCGGUUAUGCUUAGACACCCAGCCCCCAUACUACAUAGGAAUAGGAACAAACCAUACUUUCAGCCAUUGACUGACAGAACUCGCUGUGACUGGGGGUGGCCCAAAUCAGCAUUACAGGACUCCCAAGAGACUAAAACUUGUCUAAUAUACAAAACUUUUAAUCCACACACUUCCCCUUAUUCUGAUUCCUGCUGUCCUGCCUUGUGGGUUUACUCAUGUGGACAACAAUAAUAUUACUGAAACCACUUGGAAGGCAUGUACUAAUGGUUUGAUUAAAAAGGCCUCUUUUGCUCUUUCCAAACUAAAUAGACAGAUUGAUUAGGACGUAGAGGAAUUAAAAGUUUCUGUUUCUGAAUUAAAAGAAUAGGUAGGUUCCCUUGCAGAAAUGUCCUACAAAAUUGGAGAAGUUUGUACUUCUCAUGAGAUAAAGAAAACUAUGUAUGGCUUUGAAAGAAACCUGUUGUUUCUAUGUCAAUUUUUCAGGAGUAAUUAGAAAAAAAAAAUCUUAUCAUGGUUGGAAAAAAAACUCAGAACUUGGGAGCCACAAGCAGGCAGAUCUCUGUGAGUUUGAGGACAGUCUAGUCUACAGAGUGAGUUUGGGGACAGUCUGUUCUACACAAUGAGUUCUAGGACAGCCAGGGCUACACAGAAAACCCCUUUCUUGAAAGAAAGCAAUAAAAAUAAAAAAAAAAAACUGAAAAAAGAAGAGAGAAAGACAAAAAUCAAAUAGUUGAUACCAGUGUCUGUUCUCUUGGUCCCCUGGCUAAGUACUCUGCUAUCAGCACUGCCUGGGUCUUUAAUUCUCAUUCUAAUUGGAUUAAUAUUGGGCCCUGCAUUUCAAACUGAAACAGGAUGAGUCCACGAUUGACUCAUUCACAAAGACCAGUAGGGAAUACAACAGGGCCUCAAACCUUAGUAGUCCUCCAGACUUUACCACAAAUGACUCUGUGAUGGGAGUACCAUUCAAGCCAUAAAACUCAGCACAUCGUAAGUACCACCUGCCAAAAUGAAAACCUAAUCCAUCAAAGGCCAUAGUUCUGGGAAAGUCUCUAAAGGUACUAACCUUGCUUUUUGGCUUCUGUAGUUCCACUUCUAGCUAACUGUUUUAGUUAACUGUUCUUGUAAAAGCUCGCCCUAAGAAAGGUUCAGUGAUAACAUUGGGAUCCCAAACA